AUGAAGCUUAUCGUCGUCGGUGCCACCGGCCUCAUCGGCACCGAAGUCAUCCGCCAAGCCCUCUCUCACAAGUCGAUUACCUCCGUCGUCGCGCUCGGCCGGCGUCCCACGCCACCACCAAAGAGCGUCACCGCUGCGCCGGCUCUCGAAAAGUUCCAAUCAGUCACCCUCGAAGAUUUCACCAACUACCCAGAUGAUGUCAAAAGCCAGCUCUCCGGCGCCGAUGCCUGUAUUUGGCUCUUGGCCAUCACGCCGAGCGCAUCCAAGUCGAUGGACUUUGAAGUGGUCAAGAAAAUCUGUAUCGACUACGUGAUGAAGGGCUUCGACACGCUGAAGCAGCUGCCACGGCCCGAAGGCGGCAAGCCCUUGCGCUUCGUCUAUGCCAGCGGCGCCAAGGCAGAGCGGGACCAGACCAAGAAGCCUAUGAUCCUUGGUGACUAUACCCUCAUGCGAGGACGCAUCGAAACGCAGCUCCUAGACGCCGCCAAAGAGUCUGGCGGCAUCAUGGAGACGUGCCUCCUGCGCCUCGGCCUGGUCAAGUCGCCUGAGAGGAUGGGCCUCGUCACCGGCAUGCUUGCCAGCGUCGCCGGCAGCGUGAUUGGCCUCCCACUCAUCGACAUUCGUGAGAUUGGCGCCGCUGCUCUUAGCGCCGCGGUACACGGCUUUGACAAGGACACACUUGAUAAUGACGAGCUCAUCGCCAUGGGCCGCAAAGAGCUCAAGGAGAUUGGCGAGGAGCCUAGCUCCUAG